AUGGCUAUUAAGCGAAUAAUUAUUGUGUUGGCGAUUGGUGUGAUUGCAAUAUGCAAAGGAUCUGCAGUUCCUCUACCAGCCGUGCCAGUGGCCAAACUCGCAUCCGUGAAUCCAGAAUUUAAUUAUGAUCCUCAUCCACAGUACACUUAUGCUUACGAUGUUCAAGAUAGUUUAACAGGUGACUCGAAAUCCCAGCAAGAAACCAGAAAUGGCGAUAUAGUGAGCGGUAGUUAUAGUUUUAUUGAAGCUGAUGGUACUAGAAGGAUUGUCGAAUAUACAGCGGAUCCUGUGAAUGGAUUCAAUGCGGUUGUUCAUAGGGAACCGUUGGCUAUUAUUAAACCUUCCGUAAAGAUUGCUCCAGUAGCUUUUCAUCCUUAG